AGGGUUUGAACGUGAGUGAGUGUGCAGGCUGGCUAGCUGGAAAGCCGUGUCUAUCUAACGAAGUCAGUUAAUAGCAUUAGCUAUAUUAUCACUUAUUAGGACGCUUGAUAUCCAUGUACUUGUUAUUUAUGCAAAGUUGGCUUGCUUGGUUGCUCGCUUGGCAAUGUGACGAACAGCUAUAUCGACACGUAUGUUAGCCAGCCUGCUAGCAAAGCAGUACCUCUGAUUGGAGUGCCAUCCCCACAGAAGCAGCAUGAGCUCAAAGGGGGGCGGCACAGCCCUGUCCCGCCGGAACUAUCGCCUGGCCCCCGACACCGACAAGCCCAAAGUAGCAGGCAUCGUCCACGAGAAGCUGUUGAGUGACUACCUGCACCAUGUCUUCCCCCCGUCAAACAAGCACAGCGCCCCCUCUGCUGCUUUCAGGAAAAACCUCACCUUCCAGGACCUUGGGGCCCACCUGGAGAGGCUGCUGUGUGAGGGGGAGCCUGGAGAGGACACUAGAGAUCAGACAGUAGAAGGGCGGCUGGGCCCCCCCACCGUGGUCUUGGAUCACACCAGUGGCUUUGAGGGACUCCUUUUCGUAGACGACGACCUCCUGGGGGUCAUCGGCCACAGCAAUUUCAGCUCCAUCAGAGCGACUACCUGCGUGUUCAAAGGAAAGUGGGUGUACGAGGUGCUCAUCUCCUCCCAAGGGCUAAUGCAGAUCGGAUGGUGCACGCUGAACUGCAGGUUCAACCAGGAGGAGGGUGUGGGCGACACGCCGGACUCGUACGCCUACGACGGGAACAGAGUGCGCAAGUGGAACGUCACGACCACUAACUACGGCAAGUCAUGGGCUGCUGGGGAUAUUGUGAGCUGCUUGAUAGACCUGGACGAAGGGACCAUAACUUUUUGCCUAAAUGGCCAGUCGCUGGGGACAGCCUUCAGUAACAUUAAGAUGGGCCCUGGCAUUGCGUACUUCCCCGCCAUCAGCCUGUCCUUCAAAGAGUCCGUGGCCUUCAACUUUGGAAGCCGCCCACUACGAUACCCUGUGGAGGCCUACAUGCCCCUGCAGAGCCCCCCCACUGCUGACCUCGCCAAGGCCCACAGGCUGCUGGGAUAUAUUAAGAAUGUACUGUCCACUUCGAUAGACACUCAGGAGGGGAAGCUGGUGCAGAAGGACAGCUCCAGCUGGCAGCUGCAUGGGGAGCCCACAGUACUGGUCACAUUGGCUCACAUCUUCAACUACUUCGCACCCCUCAUGUGUAAGGUUUACCUGGUGGAGGACGUCCUAAUGAACUUCCUGCUGGGCAUCCUGGAGGGGGGCGGCUCGGUGGACGAGCACCCCCUCAUCCAGCAGCUCCUAGACCUCUUCUGGCUGCUCAUGGAGGACUACGAGGUGAACGAGUGCCUGAAGCAGCUGAUGAUGUCACUACUGAGAGCCUACAGGUUCUCCCCCAUCAUCCCUGACCUGGGCUUCCAGAUCCAUUACCUGCGCUUGACGACCGCCAUCCUUCGGCACGAGAAGUCCAGGAAGUACCUCCUCAGCAACGUCUUGUUUGAUGUGCUGCGCUCGGUGGUCUUCUUCUACAUCAAGACCCCCCUGCGGGUAAAGGAGGCGGGGCUGGAGGAGCUCAUCCCCACCACCUGGUGGCCCACGCGCUUCGACAAGGAGGGGCGGGAUGAGGGUGAGCAGAAGGAGGAGAGCGGGGAGGAGAGGCUGAGGAGGCGCGCCUAUGAGAGAGGCUGCCAGAGGCUGAAGAAGAGGAUAGAAGUUGUGGAGGAGCUGCAGGUUCAAAUCCUCAGGCUGAUGCUGAACAACAAGGACAAAGGGACGGGGGGGGAAGCCUCGCGGUACAUAUUCCUGAAUAAAUUCCGCAAGUUCCUUCAGGAGAAUGCUAGCAACAGAGGGAACCCCACAGUGCUGUGCCCCCCUGAGUACAUGGUCUGCUUCCUGCAUCGCCUCAUCACGGCCGUCCGCGGGUACUGGGACGAGGGCAGGAGGAAGAGUGUGGGCUGCGUCAGCAGUGAAGAGGCCUACGUCCCUCCCCAGCUCUUCUACAACGGAAAGGUGGAUUACUUUGAUCUCCAGCGUCUGGGGGGGCUCCUCUCUCACCUCAAGAAAACCCUGAAAGAUGACCUUGCCUCUAAAGCCAACAUCAUUGUUGAUCCGUCUGAGAUCCAGGCCACUUCCAUGGACGACCUGGACGAGGACGAGGAAGUUGGAGGAGCCCAGAGGCCUUUCGGGGCGGCGGCCAUGGGCGGGGCCCUGGCCCGGCCCAGCUGGCUCAGCUCCCCCACCCUGGGGAGGGCCAACCGCUUCCUCAGCACCGCCGCCGUCAGCCUCAUGACCCCCCGCCGGCCCCUGGCUCCGCCCGAAAAGGUCAAAAUACGCACGCUGGCCGUGGAACAGAGGACCGAGGAGGACAUCGAGGGAAGCCAUGGUAACGAUGGGCUGUUGCUGGGGCGACCACUGGAAGAACCCGACCAGCCAAUCACGGAGAAGUCCUUGUUGGAGAUUCUGGAUGGCAUUGUGAUGAUGUACAACCUGAGCGUCCAUCAGCAGCUGGGCAAGAUGGUUGUGGUGUCCGAUGAUGUCCAUGAAUAUGCUGUAGCUCUGAAGGACACGGAAGAGAAGAUAACCCGCUGUCCAGAAAGGAGGCCAGACAUCCUGGAGGAGCUGCAGAAGAGCCAGAAGGUUUUCGCAGAGAAGCUGAACCACCUGAGCCGCAGGCUGGCCUGGAUCAACGCCACCAUCUACUCCAAGGAGAAGAUGCUGGACGUGUACUGGCUGCUGCGGGUGUGCAUCCGCACCAUCGAGCACGCGGACAACACCGGCUCCCUCUUCGCCUUCACCCCCGAGUUCUACCUCAACGUGGCCAUGAACAGCUACAGCGCGCUCAAGAACUACUUCAGCCCCUCCAACAGCAUGGACGAGCUUCCAGGUUACGAGGACACGCUCACCCAGCUGGCCGCCAUCCUGGCCAAGCACUUUGCAGACCCCCGUAUCGUGGGGACAGACAUCAAAGACUCCCUGAUGCAGGCUUUGGCCAGUUAUGUAUGUUACCCACAAUCCCUCAGGGCGGUGGAGAGGAUCCCAGAGGAACAACGAGUGGCCAUGAUGCGGAACCUCCUGGCCCCCUACGAGCAGCGGCCCUGGGCUCAGACUAACUGGAUCCUGGUUCGGCUCUGGAGGGGCUGUGGGUUUGGGUACAGGUACACGCGGCUGCCCCACCUGCUCAAAACCAAACCCGAAGACGCCAACUUGCCCAGCCUACAGAAGCCCUGCCCCUCCCACCUGCUCCAGAGGCACAUGGCGCAUUUGCUGAGCCAGGAUAAGGACAUGGCCGCCAGCUUCCUCAACAGCGUCCUUAACCAGCUCAACUGGGCCUUCUCCGAGUUCAUCGGCAUGAUCCAGGAGAUCCAGCAGGCGGCGGAGCGGCCGGAGAGGAACUUCGUGGACACGCGGCAGCUGAAGGUGUGCGCCACCUGCUUCGACCUGUCGGUCAGCCUGCUGCGCGUGCUGGAGAUGACCGUUACCCUGGUGCCCGAGAUCUUCCUGGACUGGACACGCCCCUCCGCCGAGCUGCUGCUCCGCCGAUUGGCUCAGCUUCUCAAUCAGGUGCUGAAUCGCGUGACCGCAGAGAGGAACCUGUUCGACCGCGUGGUCAACCUUCGCCUCCCAGGGCUGGAGAGCGUGGAUCAUUACCCUAUCCUAGUGGCCGUCACGGGGAUCCUGGUACAAAUCCUGGUGGACUCUGAUAGGCAGGGGGUGUCCAGAGCGGCUGCUGUCCUGCUGUCUGAUCCCUGCUUCCAGCUCCACUCCAUCCAGCACCUCCUGGGAGAGAACGAGCCUCCAGCCACUGGACCCGCCCCUCCGCCCCCUGCUGACCGAAAACACUUCUCCCUACAUGCCUACACUGAUUACAUCAGCACUGAUGAGGAGAGGAAGGUGGAGCAGAUGCUGACCUUCCUGACAGAGCAGUCCAAGGAAGCAGCAGCCAGCGCAGCGCCCACCAGCGAAGAGGACCUGUGCCCCAUCUGCUAUGCACAUCCCAUCUCUGCCGUCUUCAAGCCCUGCUCCCACAAGUCCUGCAAAGCCUGUAUCAACCAGCACCUAAUGAACAACAAAGACUGCUUCUUCUGCAAGGCCACCAUUACUGGUGUGGAGGACUACAGCAAACCUGCCUCAUCUUAGCACCUCUCCCGGAGGGUACCCCGAACUGGGGAGACUGAACACCAACUCAACAGCACCU